AUGAUUCGUACACAUGAGGAGAAUGUCAUUCUGAAGUGCCGUCGGCUAUUCCAGCAAUUCGCUGUCGACAUGUAUGUCAAAGUCGAGACAGAACGUUUAGCGUUCAUCCGAUUCAAUCAGGCAAAGCUACGAUCUGAGGACUAUAUACACUUGCGUGAUGCUAUUCAUUCAGAUGGUGAUGUUGAGAGUGUUGGACGUCUGACGAUUCUCCCAUCAUCUUAUAUCGGAAGCCCACGCCACAUGCAUGAAUACGCUCAAGACGCUAUGACAUACGUACGAAAUUAUGGAACUCCCGAUUUAUUUAUUACGUUCACAUGCAAUCCGAAGUGGAUGGAAAUUGAACGUGAGUUGGAACCGGGUCAGAAACCGCAAGAUCGCCAUGACAUAAUCGCCAGAGUAUUUCAACAAAAACUCAAGGUUAUGAUGGAUGUGCUUACUAAGUAUCGAGUUUUUGGUGACACACGUUGUUAUAUGUACUCGGUGGAAUGGCAGAAGCGUGGACUACCGCAUGCUCAUAUCCUAAUUUGGUUGCUGAACAAAUUACAUUCAAAUGAAGUGGAUGACAUCAUAUCAGCUGAAAUUCCUGAUCCAGUCACUGAUCCCCAUCUACACGACAUUGUGACGACACAGAUGGUGCAUGGACCGUGCGGUGCAUUAAAUCCAUUAUCGCCUUGCAUGGCUGAUGGAAAGUGCACAAAACGAUAUCCGCGACCGUUAGUUGCUGAAACAGUUACAGGGAACGAUGGAUAUCCAGUUUAUCGUCGGCGUUCAAAAGAAGAUAAUGGUCGAACUAUCAAAGUUAAAGUUAAAAAUCAAGAGAUUGAGAUCGGAAAUGAAUUCAUUGUACCAUAUUGCCCGCUGCUAUCACGAAUUUUCGAAACACAUGCAAACGUUGAGAGUUGUCAUUCCGCCAAAUCAAUCAAAUAUUUGUGCAAGUACGUCACAAAAGGCAGCGACAUGGCUGUGUUUGGUAUUGCGUCGGAAAAUGCGAAUGACGAAAUCAGCAACUUCCAAAUGGGCAGAUACGUCAGUACUAAUGAAGCACUGUGGCGAUUAUUUUCAUUUCUAAUUCAUGAAAGAUAUCCCACAGUUGUACAUUUAUCAGUGCAUUUGGAAAAUGGCCAAAGAGUUUACUUCAAUGAGGCUAAUGCAGCACAACGAGCUGAGAGACCACCAUCGACAACAUUGACUAGCUUCUUUGCAAUGUGUGAAGCAGAUCCUUUCGCAGCGACGCUGAUGUACGUUGAAAUGCCCAAGUAUUACACUUGGAAUCAAUCAACAAAGAAAUUCCAACGUCGCAAACAAGGAACCCCAGUUCCAGAUUGGCCACAGGUGUUUUCCAGUGAUGCACUAGGUCGCAUGUAUACUGUUCAUCCUAGAAAUGAUGAAUGUUUUUAUUUGCGACUGCUUGUGCGCGAUUUCUCUCAGAAGCUGAAUCUUGCCCUGAAUCAACCAGGGCACUCUCCCUCGUUGCCGGUGGAGCAGCCUGCUAAGCAUCUACGCAAGCAGCCUGAUCGUUAUCCUUUUGAUGUGGAGUGUGAAGGUCUAAUUAGAGAAACGAGUGCUAGUGAAAUAUCUCUAGAUAAUGUGUUGAAUGGACCAGAAAGUGAACAGUGGAAAGUAGCUAUUCAAAGUGAACUUAAAUCAUUUAAAGACAAUGAUGCUUGGGAGUUAGUGGACAUUCCUCACAGUGGCACUGUUGUACCGUAUGUAUGGGUCUACAAUCGUAAAAUUGAUAAUGAUAAUAAUGUCAGGUAUAGAGCCAGGCUAGUUGCUAAGGGCUUCACCCAAAAACCAGGCAUUGAUUUCGAUGAAUGUUUUUGA